AUGGCUCUUGCUUCCAAUGUUCCUACUUUUAAAGAGGAGGUCUCUCCUGGACGUGUUCUCACUAUGGCUGCUGAUGGCACUGGCCUUUCUGUCGUGGAUCCUUGGUUAGAGCCCUUCAAUGAUGCUCUUAGAGAGAGAUAUGCGACAUUUGAAAAAUAUGAUGAGCAAAUUAAGAACACCCUUGGCUAUGAGGAAUUCACGAAGGGUUAUGAAUACUAUGGCUUCAAUGUGCAAGAAGAUAACAGUGUCAUGUAUCGUGAAUGGGCUCCCAAUGCUGUCACUGCUAGCUUGGUUGGCGAUUUCAAUAACUGGGAUGUGAAUGCGCAUGUCAUGACUCGUAACAAGUAUGGUGUCUUUGAGAUCCUCGUUGAUCCUACUGCUGACGGUAAGGUCGCUAUUCCUCAUGGUAGCAAGAUCAAGAUCACUAUGACCAUGCCUCAUACCGGAGAACGUAUUUAUCGUUUGCCUGCUUGGAUCAACUAUGUUACUCAAGACCUCAAUGUGAGCGCUACUUAUGAUGCCAUCUUUUGGAACCCUGAAUCACAAUACGUAUUCAAACAUCCCCGUCCCAAGCGUCCUGAAUCCAUUCGUGUCUACGAAGCCCAUGUUGGUAUCUCAUCUCCCGAACCUCGUUGUGCUACCUACAAGGAAUUCACCAAGAACAUUUUGCCUCGUAUUGCCUAUGAUGGUUACAACACGAUCCAAUUGAUGGCUGUGAUGGAGCACGCUUACUAUGCCUCAUUCGGCUAUCAAGUUACUUCCUUCUUUGCACCCUCCAGUCGUUAUGGUACACCUGAUGAUUUGAAGGAACUGAUUGACACGGCUCAUGGUUUAGGUAUCACUGUCUUGUUGGAUCUUGUGCACUCUCAUGCUUGUAAGAACGUGGCUGAUGGCCUCAACAUGUUUGACGGAUCUGAUCACUGCUAUUUCCAUGCCGGUCCAAAGGGCCGUCAUGAAUUGUGGGAUUCCCGCUUGUUUAACUAUGGUAACUUUGAAGUGAUGCGUUUCUUGAUGUCCAACUUGAGAUAUUGGAUGGACGUGUUCCAAUUCGAUGGUUUCAGAUUCGAUGGUGUUACUUCCAUGCUGUACAAGCAUCAUGGCAUUGGCUUUGGUUUCUCUGGUGAUUAUCAUGAAUACUUUGGCGAGAAUGUUGAUGACGAAGGCGUCAUGUACAUUCAAAUUGCCAAUCACUAUUUGCACGAGAAAUACCCCCACAUGGUCACGAUUGCGGAGGAUGUCUCUGGCAUGCCUGGUUCUUGCCGUCCUGUGCGUGAAGGCGGUCUCGGCUUCGAUUACCGUCUCUCUAUGGCUAUUCCUGAUAUGUGGAUCAAGAUGUUGAAGGAGGAAUCAGACGAUGACUGGAAGAUGGGACAUAUUGUACAUAUCUUGACCAAUCGUCGUUAUCUGGAAAACACCAUCGGUUACUGUGAAUCUCACGACCAAGCCCUUGUAGGUGACAAGACAUUGGCAUUCUGGUUGAUGGACAAGGAAAUGUAUACCAACAUGAGUGAUUUGACCCCCUUGACGCCCAUCAUUGAUCGUGGCAUUUCUUUACACAAGAUGAUUCGCAUGGUCACCCAUGGCUUAGGUGGUGAAGGCUAUCUUAACUUUGAAGGCAACGAAUUUGGUCAUCCUGAAUGGCUUGAUUUCCCUCGCGCUGGUAACGACUCCAGUUUCCAAUAUGCGCGUCGUCAAUGGAACGUCCUUGAUGACAAGUUGUUGCGUUACAAGUAUUUGAAUGAAUGGGAUCGUGCUAUGCAGUUGACUGAGGAACGCUUUGGGUGGUUGCAUUCUCCUCAAGCCUUUGUGUCUCGCAAGAACGAUGGUGAUAAGGUGAUUGUAUUUGAACGUGCCAAUGUCUUGUUCAUUUUCAACUUCCAUCCCACACAAUCCUUUACUGAUUAUCGUGUUGGUGUUGAACAUGCUGGCAAAUACAAGAUAGUUCUCAACUCUGAUGACAAGCAGUUCUUGGGUCAUGAACGUGUGGAUAACAAUACCGAGUUCUUUACGACUCCUGGAGACUGGGAUAGCAGACCCAACUGGCUUCAAGUCUAUAUUCCUAACCGUACUUGUUUGCUCUUGGCAAAGGCUUAA